UUAAACCCAACCUGAUUUCACUUCUUCUUCUCCAUGUCAAAUCCCUCUCUUUUCAACUCCUAAAAGCCUUGAAAACCCAAAAAAAAAAAAAGCAAAAAAUAUUAAAAAAGAACCCAUUUCCCUGUUCAGAUUCAGAGCUGGCCAUGUACCUCUCGGAGAAGUCUCAUCCAAUUGAUUUAUACAAGGAGGAAGACCCUUCCAUAGCUAAUGACAUGAUCAUCGAGGUCCCCACCAAUGGGAAUUUCCCACAUCAGCUCCAGCUGCAGCAGCAUCAAAUUAUGUUGGGUGAAAGCAGCGGUGAUGACCCAGAAAUCAAAACCCCCAAGAAACGAGCCGAGACCUGGGUCCAAGACGAAACACUAAGCCUUAUCGAUUUUCGGAGGGAAACAGACGGUCGUUUCAAUACUUCCAAAUCAAACAAGCACCUUUGGGAGCAGAUAUCUACUGAGAUGAGGGAGAAAGGGUUCGAUAGAUCACUGACUAUGUGUACGGACAAGUGGAGGAACUUGUUGAAGGAGUUUUUUUCUUUUUUUUCAAUACCCAUUUCAUAUUUCUUCAUCAAAUUUGCUUGCAUCUUUUUGUUCAGAAUUUGAGCUCCAUUCGAUAUAAAGGGUUGAUUUUUAUUGCAGUUAUAGAGUAUUUGAUGAGUAUGAAGGGAUUGAAGUUGCUGGGAACCAAGCCAAACUCAUGAUUUUCUUCAAAUCCCUGAAGAUCUUGAAAGGCUUUACUGUGAGAUUUAUCUUCUCAAGACAUUGAAUUGAAACACGAUAAUAUUAUGAAGUUUUAUACU